ACUGCAAAUAGCAGAGCUCCUGUUCUCCUCCACCCCUAACACUCCUCCCUUAAUGUCCCUCUCAGGCACACGCAUGGCCAAAGGGGCUUCUCUUCUCUGAUCAAGCCACCUGUCCCCCUUACCUCCCCCUGCCCCACACCCAUCCCGUACCCCCCUCCUCUCUCCCAGCCCAGCUGUCCCAUACACACACACACAGAUCCAGACUGCCCUAGUCUCAUCCUAUCUCUGUCCUACUCCCCUUGGCAGACGCUGCUAUUGCUGCUGCUACAGAUCCAAUAUUGACCCUCAUUUAUAAUUCUUCCUCCUCUUUCAUGCCCCCCGGCUUCAUCAACCUCAGUCCGUUUGGUGAGAUCCUCCUCUGGUAAUCAGUCUUCCGCACAGCGAAAGUGGACCCAACACCGAGUGCUGCUGCUCACCGGGUGAGCUCUGACAGGAGCAUGUUCGGGGUUUACUGCAUGGAAUAUCCUUAUCCAGUUGUACAGGGUAAUCAGGAGCCAACAGCCACUCCUGACACCAUGGUGCAGCCUUUUGCUGCUAUCCCUUUCCCGCCACCACCACAGAAUGGACUAGCAACAGAAUAUGGGAAUCAGCACACGGAAUAUGCUGCAACAUCUGCUGACCACGGACUUCCUCUGUAUGGAGGAGCGCAGACUCACACAGAACACAACACCCCAGCAACCAGCACAGCCAAUGCUUCCAGUACGCAGACGGACGGAGCUCAGACAGAAGGACAGCAACCGCAAACACAGAGCAGUGAUAGCACUGAAACCAAACCAACUCCAAAAAGGCUUCAUGUCUCAAACAUACCUUUCCGAUUCCGGGAUCCUGAUCUGCGCCAGAUGUUUGGACAAUUUGGAAAAAUCCUUGAUGUGGAAAUCAUAUUCAAUGAGCGGGGGUCCAAGGGUUUUGGUUUUGUAACUUUUGAAACUAGCGCGGAUGCUGACCGGGCCCGGGAGAAAUUGCACAGCACGGUGAUUGAGGGGCGAAAAAUCGAGGUGAACAAUGCAACAGCUCGUGUGAUGACAAAUAAGAAAACUGUGACUCCCUAUGGGAAUGGAUGGAAACUAAGUCCGAUGGUGGGAGCUGUAUAUGGACCAGAGCUUUAUGCAGCUGCACCCGGGCUUCAAGCUGACGUCUCUCUGGCCACUGAGGCUGGUGUCCCCCUGCCCGGACCACGGGGGGUUAACACGUACAUUCCGUUGAUCAUUCCUGGCUUCCCCUACCCCACUGCAGCAGCAGCCGCCACUACAGCAGCUGCCUUCAGGGGGGCACAUUUGAGGGGCCGUGGGAGGACGGUGUAUGGUGCAGUACGGGCAGUGCAACCUACUGCAAUCCCCACAUAUCCUGGACUAGUCUUACAGGAACCAAUUCUAAACCCUAAACUACCUCAGGGUGGAUAUGCAGCCUACAGAUACACUCAGCCAGCCACAGCUGCAACAGCUGCCACAGCCGCUGCCGCAGCUGCUGCGGCCUACAGCGAUGGGUACGGCAGAGUAUAUACAGCUGACCCAUACCAUGCCCUGGCCCCUGCUGCCAGUUACGGAGUUGGAGCUGUGGCGAGUUUAUACAGAGGCGGCUACAGCCGAUUUGCUCCGUACUGAAGUGACGUAAGCCUAUUAUUCCCCCUUAAACCUGGACAAAACUGCCCUUUCUUUCCCCAUCUGCCUGUUUACCCCCUCCCUCCACUAUCAAAGUUCGCAAGGCCCGGCUAUUGCAAUACUUAAAAAGAAAAACCUUCUCCAGGAAUUUUCAAGCAGUGCAAGAUGGAUGGAUACAGCCGAAAUAUAUAGAAAACAAAGGACAUUUUUUUAUACCUCAGCCUACUCUUCAAAUCUGUAAUUUUUAUUUCUGCAUUUUUUUAGGGGGUGUGUUCAUUUUGUUCCAAAGAUUGUGUUUAUUUUUUAUUUUUAAACUGUGGUAAAGUGCGUGUAUAUAUAAUAUUUACUUAAGUAUGUGCUGUGAGCUUUUAUAUUAUUAUUAUUUCUACACUUUGAGGGGAGAUUUGCAUAAAAUAGGAUGUAUGGAACAGAGGAUUGGAUUUGGGAAAGCUAAGAGGAAAGGAUGAAUAAAGCUCUGCGGUUUUAAAAUAUAAACUUCUCUAAUUAGGAUCCUCUUGCAAAUAGAGAUUGACAUAAGGCUUUGUCUACAGAAGCUUUUCCAACAUCUCCACGACCGAUGACAAGCCAAGGUAGUGAUGAUCUAAAGGGAUUUGACGAACCCCUUGUCUUGAAGGGAUUAAACAUGAAAAAAUAUAUGUAAUGGACGUUGGACAAGGUCAUGAAAGAGACAUUGUGAUGUGACAUGUAUUAACACUUGAUGUUGCUCUGGCUUAUGCUUUCGAUGACCCUGGCUUAUGUAAAUCUCAGGCAAACGUCUGGUGACCAUUGAGCUAGGUGGAUCGGCUUGUGUAUAAGGAAAAAAAAUUGCAGUGAAUGACAAUUAUAAUACAACAAACGAUUGCUGCUCAGUUCAACUUAUGGUGCAGUUCCAUUUCAGACAGAGCGCACCAAUGGUGAUUAUGUUUAAAGGGAUUCUGUCAUCAAAAAUGUUCCAGAUCAUAUGUUUAAACACAGCCUUAAAAGGUUUAUAAUCUUCUUUUAAACAUAGGUGCCAAUUCGUUAAUUCUGUCUCUUUAUGAAUUAUAUUUUUGGAGUUAUGUUUUCCAUGUGGUUGAGUUUGCAUUUCUCAUUUCACCCAACCCUCCUAUUAUCAUUAUUUGCUUUGAUUGCUUCACUUUUUGUAAAAAUGGGAACACUCCAGGAUUAAAUUUUACCACCAUUGUUUUAUUUUUAUAUAGGUAAUGCAUAAAAAAAAUUCCUUUUGAAUGUCACUUUCCCAGGCUUUAUUCCGACUUGUGGAGCUACCAGGAAGUUUUUGGGAUACCUUAACCAAUCCCUGAGCUCCUAGUUAUUAGUAGUGGGAAAGAACUGCCAAUACAGGAGUGUUGAGUGCUUCCGCUUUAUAAAUAAAUCUCAUAUACACGAUUCGGUCGUGAGCAUUGUCGUUCACUUGAACUUAGGCCUUUUUUGGCUCUAUUGCGCAUGCAUAGGAUCUAAUUUAUUCUUACAGGAAAGACUGUGCAUGCAUAUACUUUAAUGCUCUCACUCUAAGAAGGCAAGUGAGGAGUAAGUCUAAGAGUGAGGGAAAAACAAAAAAACCUUUUCCCCCCUUGUAUCAAAACAUGCAUUCUUCUUCCACGAUACCCUAGUUCUUGCUUGUUUGCAAGUAGGAUAUAUUGCCUGGAGUGUCUCUUAUCAUGUGAUUCUGAUAACACUAAAUGUAUCUGAUACUGCUGCAAAUAUUUUACUCUUGGUCUCUUAAUGGUCUGAGAACAACCAAUAGAUGUUACAGCUAUACAUCUCAUUAGAAACACUAUUAGAAACACUAUAUGCUUCAGAACGGUUUCUCCUCAAAUGUGAGAUGUGUGGACUUACUAGGGGUAAGUUAUAUCCGACCGUACUAAUUGAGGUAGCUCAUGGGGGGAAAGACAGAAGUGUCUCUUGUUGGAGAGAGAAACCCUAUUCACUGCUAGUCAUAAAUCCAGUCCAAUAAACUUUUAAAGAAAACCACUUGCUUAUACUUUCACCUAACCAUCCAUGUCAUGGUAGAUUUGUACAAAAACACUAGUAACUAGUUAACCAUACAAAAUGUUUUAUAUGGAAACAAAUGUGAUAUUCAUUUCCAGUCUAAAGAUAUCUUUGUUUCAUUCACAUGUAUCAUUAAAAUUCACCUUUUAUUUGUAUUUACCAUUAAAUCCAUCUAAAUGCCACUUAAUGGCUGGGUGUAAACUGCACCUUGGAAGUUUGCCUAUUCUACACCCUUCAAGACCCGUGAAUUUUUAUGUUUUAUGUGUUUUGUGUUGUAGUUAUUCUUUUCAGAGCAAGGCUAGAAAGUUGGAACAUUUCCUGUUCCUGUGUGACUAUAAUUUGUUCCAGUCCAUGUGCAAAUACUCACCUUGGUGUCCACUUUAUCCUCCUCCUCCUCCUUAUGCUGGUCACAUGUCCGUCCUGGAGAGAGGAUAUGACCUCAGAUUUACAGAUGUGCUAUAAAAAAAAACAAAGUCUAGGAGUGUAUACUGCAUUCUGAGGAUUCACCCGCACACCAUGCUUGUUGAUGUUGGACUAUUUACUGUGUAUUGCUUUACUCCAUUCAAGCCAUGUGGGGAACAGCAACUCAAGAUGUUUUGAGAAGCUAUAAACCUCCUGUUUUAACUUUUCUAGUGCCUGACGGGUUAGACUCAUUGACGAAGGAGGGAUUAAUACAAUCUUUACAUCCCCUGUCUAAGCAAGGAGUGUAAAAUAUUCUAGAGAAGGCAUUGUAUUGUCUAUUGGAUACUAUUAUUUUGGACUCUGUUGCAGCUAUUCAAUGAUCAGUCAGGUAAAUUUUUCUAAAACAUCCACAAAGUGUGGAUUGUCAUUGUCUUCCUAUAUGUGUACAUAUACUAGCUGAGAGGUUCCAAGUUCAUAUUUAAGACUAUAGUGAAUUGUGACACAAUACUAUAUUUCACCAUACGAGGUAAUGAUGUGCCACCUAUUCGAGCUAAUCAAGGUUGAAUUGUGUAUUCUGUACCAUGCUAUAGGUUAAUCAUGAUCAAUGGUAUGCUGGAAUUUGCAUAUGUAUAUACGGUUCUGAUUGGAGAACAUUGAAAUUUACUUUGAAUUUAAAGUAGAUUUACCAUGAAAUGAGAAAAGAUAUAAUGAUGUCUUACUCUCCGUGUUUAGUUGUUUCUAAUUUGUUGUGUAUUUCAUCUGUAUCUGACUUGGAUAGGUAGAGUUCUAGCAUCAUAUUCUGCGGAUUCUUUCACAAAAUGUCAGGGGAGUGCUACCUAAAUUCACAGUGUGAAAUCAUAGCGGGGGAAAACCCUGAACUACGUUUGAUAGCAGUUCCACUAACAUAAUGCAUAUAAGUCAAGAGGAACGUUUUAAUUUCACAUGGUUGGAUUCAUUCACUGUGUGACAUAAAAUGUGUAUCACCAUAAGAAAAUGAAGUAUUUAUAACAACUUUACUGAAGGGAAUUUUUUUUGUUUUUAUUUUGUGUUUUAAAAAAAAAAAAGUGAUAAAAAUAAAAACAUAUUGAUCUUUAAACAUUUAAACCGGUCUGCUAGUGUGUGUAGACUGAUGUAGGAUAUAUAUAAAUAUUAGGGUUUUAUUCUUUAUUUUUUUCCCCUCUUUCUAUGUUCUCACUAAAAUAAUUUAGUUUCUAACCAAGGGACAUAUAUGGUCUGACAAUGCAACCUGGCAGACUCCAACAAAAAAAAUAAUUAUUUUUUUAAAUGAAGAUGACAUUCUGCUGCUAUUGGCGCAUUACAUUUUCUCUGAAAGUGCCCUAAAAAGCCUCUUAAUCGUGCAGCAUAUAAGGUUCGGACAUAUUCUUAAACUGAUUUAUGUAAAUUCUCAUAUUGGUAACUUGAAGUAGUGUGGGCUGCUUUUGAUGCAGUAUACACAAGCAUUUAAAUGUAAGACUAAGCUAGUUUGGUAUUAUAUUGCAUCAUAUCGCUAUUCGUACCUAAAAAGGGUUUUACUAUUCUAUAAUACUAAAUAUUGGUUUGCAUGGUUUUUACUGCAUAAAUAGAAAAUUCCAUAUUAUCAACUAUAUUGCAGUUCGUGUGCUUUAUAUCCACAUUGAUUUGUGCUCUGAUUGGAACAUGUGCUACGAGACACCUCUGCGCAAACCUUUUAGAGCUUUACAAUGUACGAUUUAUCAGUCAGCGGAUACAUUGCAGGGCUUUUGCAGUAAAGAGGCCUCAAUUACCUAUAUAUGAUUGCAUGGCUACCUUUUCAAGGACUGUAUAGUGUCUGGGCUAUUUUAUGUGUUGAUAUAUAAAUUUGUUCGUGUUGGUGAGUUAUUUAUUAAUCUGUUAUCGACUUAAGAUUUACAUCCUGCACAGACGCACAUUUGUGUGAAUGAAUAUGUAUAAAUCUCUAAAUCCCCUGAAAUAUUUUU